AUGCGUGAGAUCAUCUCCAUCAACGUCGGUCAGGCUGGUUGCCAGAUCGCCAACUCCUGCUGGGAGCUCUACUGCCUCGAGCACGGUAUUCAGCCCGAUGGCUACCUGACUGAAGAGCGCAAGGCCGCUGAUCCCGACCACGGCUUCAGCACGUUCUUCUCCGAGACUGGGCAAGUACGUUCCCGCACCAUCUACUGCGAUCUCGAACCCAAUGUCGUCGACGAGGUCCGCACCGGCGCCUACAGGAGCCUUUUCCACCCUGAGCAGAUGAUCACCGGCAAGGAGGAUGCGUCCAACAACUACGCCCGUGGCCACUACACGGUGGGCAAGGAGCUCAUCGACCCCGUUUUGGACAAGGUGCGACGCGUUGCCGAUAACUGCGUUGGUCUCCAGGGAUUCCUCGUCUUCCACUCCUUCGGUGGUGGUACCGGUUCCGGUUUUGGUGCCCUCCUCAUGGAGCGCCUCUCCCUCGACUACGGAAAGAAGAGCAAGCUCGAGUUCUGCGUCUACCCCGCUCCCCAGACUGCCACCUCGGUCGUCGAGCCUUACAACUCUAUUCUCACCACGCACACCACCCUCGAGCACUCUGACUGCUCGUUCAUGGUUGACAACGAGGCCAUCUACGAUAUCUGCCGCCGCAACCUCGGCUUGGAGCGUCCCGACUACGAGAACCUCAACAGGCUGAUUGCCCAGGUCGUCUCUUCCAUCACUGCCUCUCUCCGAUUCGACGGCUCUCUUAACGUCGACUUGAACGAGUUCCAGACCAACCUCGUCCCCUACCCCCGUAUCCACUUCCCUCUCGUUGCCUAUGCUCCCGUCAUCUCGGCCGCCAAGGCCGCCCACGAGGCCAACUCUGUUCAGGAGAUGACCAUGUCCUGCUUCGAGCCCAGCAACCAGAUGGUCAAGUGCGAUCCCCGCAGCGGAAAGUACAUGGCUACCUGCCUUCUGUACCGUGGCGAUGUCGUCCCCAAGGACGCCCACGCCGCCGUCGCUACCCUCAAGACCAAGCGCACCAUUCAGUUCGUCCCCAACGGCGACCUCGCCAAGGUCAACCGCGCUGUCUGCAUGUUGUCCAACACUACCGCCAUCGCCGAGGCCUGGUCCGCUCUUUCCUCCAAGUUCGAUCUCAUGUACUCGAAGCGUGCUUUCGUUCACUGGUACGUUGGUGAGGGUAUGGAGGAGGGUGAGUUCUCUGAGGCUCGUGAGGACUUGGCUGCUCUUGAGCGCGAUUAUGAGGAGGUUGCCGCCGACUCCCUCGAGGGUGAGGAGCUCGAGGCCGAGUACUAG